UGAAUUUUGCUAACAAGCCCGAGACUAGCCAAACUGAGCCGUAAGCUGACACUCCGCGACCACGUUCCUAGCAAGCGUAUUCCUUUUCAGAAGUAGAGGAACUUGUGACAAUAACUGCACGAUGCCUACUGGAUCUUUCGAAGCACUCUUUUGUCCGGGUCAUCAGCACUUGAUGACGGAAGCACCUACCCAUGCAAGUGCGAUAUGAUGCCCCUGGGGAAACUUCCUGGACAAGGCGUUUGCAUCGCAAAGUGCUGAUGAUGUUGAGCGAGAGAGGAAGUUUCCCUUUUCCGUCUGUUUACUAUACAUGUUCUACUAGCUGCGAUUCUACAAUAUAAAAGAGGUAUGAAGCUGAAGUUUCCAAGUCCACACAGACAAAGCAAACAUUCUUCCAAGAGAACUAGUCCCUUGAUCAGAUUUCCAAUUUCAAAAAUGGCCCGCUCUCUUCUCUCUAUACUUCUGCUCUUCGUAGCAAGUCAAACCAUCUCUGCGUUUCCGACCGAACAGAGCAGCGAUGCACUUCCUCCCCCAACCUAUCUCGUGCCCAGCAAGACGACACGAGAUGGCGUCCAGUCUGGCACUAUCGGCGAGCUACACUGGGAGAUGACCUUCAACGAAGGCAUCGACGAGACGUCUGAUUUCGGCACAAACAUCACUAGUGCAACUGCUCUGGACAAGCGUAGCCAAAGGCCCGAUCAGUGCUGGCAAUUUACAUAUGGACUCGGCAUUACACUGGCUGCUUACAAGGCGAAUCUGCAGCAGUUGUAUCAGGGGUUCCAGAAUGAAGCUUCGGGGAAUUACUAUUAUCCUCCUCUCAGCACUGUAAACUGGAGUGUCGGCAACAAGAAAGCCAAGCUCACGGUUCGUAACCAGGACAGCUGUUAUGGGAAUACGGUUCUGUACUCUACACAUGCGUAUUACGUGCGCCAAAUCCAGGACUUUUGCGAGUUCGAGACGGGAUGGAUCCACCGAAGCAAUUACGCCGAUGUCAUCUUUAUUGCUGAGCCGAACGGGGUUGCUCCCCCGGCGUACAGUCCCCGGUGCAACUAUUACUAGGGGGAGUGGAGAUGAAGCGGGAAGGGAGAGACACAGAACGAUGAACUCGUUUUAGCUCAGGGCA